AUGCAACCGUCCAAGACGUUGAUGAGACUGCACUUGGAGCAUUGUGUGCAGUUCCGGUUGUCUUGCUAUUGGAAAGCUGUCAUUAAGCUGAAAAGGGUGUGGGAAAGAUUUAAGGAUGUUACUGGCACUACAGAGUUUGAGGUACAAAGCCGGCAGCCAGAACAAUUAAUGAGACAGCAAAUGGAACAGGUCCAGCAGCUGAUGGAACAGCAACAGAAACUCAUCAAGUUGCUUAGCUGGCCCAUGGCACAUCAAGGCUUUACCCUGCCAGUAGGGUUCGCACCUUCAUGGACUGGUAUUUCUGCAGGCCUGCCACCAGGAAACAAUGCAAUGAUACAGUUCUCUAGUCCAUCUGCCAAGGAAGAUUCCACAAAUGUCCUUACCCAGGCAUCAUUUCCCAAUCCACUGGUUGAAACUGCACAGUCCACAAAGCAGCUAAAUUCAUCAACAUCAGCAAAUGGCAACCAUAUUCAGACAGCAAUACAUCCACAUCUAUCUCAAGGCAUGGAUGAUUCAACUGCUGAAUAUUGUGCUCUGACUCAGUGUUCAGCUAAUGGAAAGCUCAAGAGCCAGGCAUCCAGACAGAAAUCACAAGUAAAGGAACCAGAAACAAGUGUGGACGAGUGUAUCCUGGAGCAUGAAAACUAUCCUGGAAAUCUUUCUCCAAUCAAUGAAGAGAAAGCUGAGCAAGGAGAAGAGCAGCGUGUUGUCACUCCUUUUGGAAUUAAAACAAAUUCUAAGGAAAUGGGGCGACUAGAGGAAAGACCUAUCAGGCCUGGAGUUGAUGAAAAGCAAAAGACUUUUGAAGAUUUUGUUGAAGAACAACUUAAGGUGGAUUCAGAGUUAUUUCAACAAGAUCCCCAGGAUAUAAAUGAGGUGAAGGUGGCUCCAAAGAAGUCUUUCCUAAAACGUGGGGAAGGUAUUGCACGAUUUGAGAAGAACAAGGAAAAUAUUCUGAAGGAACAAAAGAGGAAUCCAGAUCAUGAAUCGGUGGAUCAAUUGCCCAAAAAAGUUAGGUUCUAUAAUCAACGCCGGCUUUCCUUGCCCUCCUUCAAUGAGUACAAAAAGCUCCAGAUUAAUAAACAGUCAGCUUUGAAAAAACAAGUUAGUAGACUAGGGCUUGUAGAAUCUAAAACGAAGAAGUUUGUUUCUACCAGUAGCUCCAUCACAAACAGCAAGAGAAAAGAACUCAAGCAAAAGGAGAAGCAAGACGAAAUCAAGAAUAGUACAGAUGAGGGUAUCCAAAGUGACAUAAAUGUCCCAGAGUUAUCUACCAAAGUUGAAUCGCCUUGCAAAUAUUCUAAUGAAAGAAAUAGUGGAAGUCAACGAAUAGUACAGGAAAGUAGAACAGGAGAUGUACGUCCUGUGGGGGAUUCCCAAGGAAGAGCUAAUGCAAGUAAAGAUUUAAGCUUACAUAUUCUAGAAAGACAGCAAUUGAUUAGAGCUGGUCCUGAAUCACAGAGUCAAACAAAUAGCAGUGUUUCUCAUGGAAGUGUGGAAAGGCAAAGCCAAGGCCAAGAAGUAGGACAAAAUGUGGCAAACAAUUUGCAGGGAUCUUCAAAUGAUCAACCACCUUUCAACAGCACCAAUCAACAGGAAUGUCCAAGUAUGAAUAAAUCAGAGACUUUAGACUGGAGCACUGAACUACCCCAGGAGCAAUCAGAGCAGAAGCAGAAUAAUUUAACUAACAUCAAAGAUCCCAGAAAAAUGCAAAGUGGAAAAGGCCCGAACAUCGGUUUUAAAAAAGUAAAUGACAAAAUAAUACAAGUGACUUCUGACAAUCUGCCAUGCCACAGAGCAAGUUUUGGGACCCAGGAAGGCAAAGACCAUAAUAUGCACAGUUUUGCAAACACAGGAUUAAUACCCCUUGUAGAUUAUAAGCACAGUAUGCAUGGUUAUUUCAAAAGUAGCAAUGAACAUUGUGGAGUCUCUAACGUUAGAGCAUAUGGUGUAGAUCCUGACAGCAAUGGCCUGAAGUCUCAGCUUCAGCAACCACCCACAGAUGAAAUCCUACACAUCUCUGUUUGCUCUGGCAGAAGUCUAGACUUAUCUGAUGAUGCCGACUAUGCAAGUGAUGCUCCAAGUGGAACGGAAGAAAUGGGCAUGGCAUUUCAAAAUUCACAGCAUUUUACACAUUGUAAAUCUACAGCUAGAAUGGCUGCAGUGAAAUGCAAUACACCGAGCAGCACAACCAGCAGUGAGAGUGAAACUUCGGACCUCAAAUCUCCUUCAUCAAGGAGAUAUCCUUCUCAAUACAAUAGGCCCACGAGAAACAAAACCAAAACUGCAAGAAAGAAGUUAAACUUUGCAAAGAAAAACAUCAGCAAUUUUGUGGCAAAUCAAAAAUGUGGUACUCAACAAUCUGAUCUCGUGCAGCUGUCUUGUCAUGUCCUUGCACAGCAAUUGUCUCCAGCACUUAGUGUUGAACAAAAUGCAUCAAAAACUUCAGACCAUUCUCACCAGAUGAAAACCAACAGUGGAAGUGUUCAAGAAGAUGCACAAUCGAGAAAACUCCAGGAGAAACUUUUACAACUGGAAACAGAAAUUGAUCGAUUUAAAGCAGAAAACACAGCUUUAGCCAAGCUUAAGGAGGAACAAGUGUUAGCUUUGGAAAGUCUCAGAAAACGAAUGGAUCAGUUUGAAUAUGAGAGGACUGAAAAGAUCACUCAAUUAGAGGCCACCAAGAAAGAGGAAUUGAAGAAGUUAAUGGAAGAAAGACAGCUAUCUGAGAAAAACUCACAAGCUAAGGUUGCUUUUGAUAAGAGAGACCAUGAAGCAAUGGAGCUCUUGAAGAAGCAGGUUGGUCAGUUGCAGGAAGAAUUAAAAAGAAAUGAAUCAAGGUGGUCUUUUGCACACAAUUACCUUCGGAGUCAGAUUGACACGUUGACCAAAGAAAACUUCGAACUACGGGAUGAGUUAAAGGCAGUAGAAUGCCAUCAGCUGGAGCCUGUCAUCAGAAAUGAGCCGGCCAUCCUUACCAGCAACAAGUCUGAAACACCGGUGUUCAAUGCCAUGAUCAGAAGUACAUCACAAACAGCUCAGUGGAGCCAUAGAAGCCGUAGUUCAACCCCAAAUGGAAGAAGAGUGCCUCUCGAAAGGAGUCAGACCCCAGUGAACACUGAACCGAAGAUUUCAGAAAAUAUGGUGAAAAGGGCUGAAAUUCAGAAAAGACAAAUGCAAGAAAUCCAAGGCAGGCCUCUUAUCCGUUUAAGAAGCAGAAGUGCAACGCCAACUGGACGGAAGACGCCCCUCCAGGAGAGACCAACAACUGAUCAAGCACUUUCAAAACCACCCAGUGUGUUUUUUAAUGAGAGUAUUCAACAACCCAUAUCAAAUCACCAAAAGGCACAAGAGGGAAAGUUAUCUACGCCACGCUUGAAUCAAAGUGUGUUCCAAAGAAAUACUGCUGGACUUGCAAGGGGCGUUCCCUCUUCCAAUUCACGUAGUUCGGAGGAUAAUCUGUGUAAACAUUUGCAAACAACAGAACACAUGCCUAGAUCCCAAAGUUAUACUACUAAACAACAGGGAACAAAGGCUUUAAUCAAGAGUACAGUUGAAACACCAUCCAGACUGCAAGAAAGGCCUCCUUCAGGCCGCAGAAGUCGUAGUACAACCCCAAGUGGUAGGAAGACCCCUCUGGAUGGUAAACAAAUAGGCUUUGACAUUGAACAGAAGGUAUCACGGCCAAGUUCUGUUUUAUCUAGAAGAGAAAGUGCCUGUUUUAAGAGUAAUAUUACACAAGAUGAUGUUAGAGAAGAAAUCCAAUAUCCAGAUGGCAAGAUAGAACAGAUCCUGACUAAUGGAAAUCGAAUUAUUAUCUUUCCGAAUGGCACAAGGAAGGAGGUCAGUGCAGAUGGGCAAUCUGUCACCAUAACAUUCUUCAAUGGGGAUGUGAAGCAGUUCAUGCCAGACCAAACAGUGAUAUACUACUACGCUGAUGCAAAGACAACUCACACCACAUUCCCAAGUGGAAUAGAGAUGCUACAGUUCUCCAAUAACCAGAUAGAAAAACAUUAUCCUGAUGGUAAGAAGGAAAUAAUAUUUCCAGAUCAAACUAUCAAACACCUUUUUCCUGAUGGUCAUGAAAAGAGUAUAUUCCCAGAUGGUACAGUUGUGAAUUUGCAAAAAAAUGGAGAUAAAAUUAUUGAAUUCAACAAUGGGCAGAGGGAGAUCCACACGCCCCAGUACAAACGGAGGGAGUACCCUGAUGGAACCAAGAAGACCGUGUAUCCUAAUGGGCGCCAGGAAACGAAGUAUUCCACAGGUCGUGUCCGAAUAAAAGACAAGAAAGGAAAUCUUGUUUUGGAUAAAAUGUGACUGCAGUGACUUCUGUUAGACAAUCAGAAAGAGUUAUGUAAGAACAAGAAAAGAAAGUACUAACAGAAUUGCAGAAGUUGUCUUCCAGGCACUACAAUCUAUCUACAAAUCCAAUCCUGUUUCAUUUUCUUUUACGAUAUGCUUUGACUACAAGAGACUGAGUACUCCUCUAGAAUCUGAGCCAUACCUGUGCACUACAAUGUAUUAACCUGCAUGGAUUUUGUAUAUGGGAAUAGAGUUAAAGAAAAGCUGUCAUUGGGAAACAUGUAUGCAACUGGGUGUUGUGUUCCUGAUUUAACAGCCAGAAAAUUCCCUGGAGCCUAACAUGAAAGAUGAAUCUCAAGGUCAUUGGCACUUAACUACAAAAGAAAAUGCUAAGCACAUUAAAAAUACUUUGCAUAUAUUUAAUUUUUAUUAUAAAAAUAUUAAAGAGAGUUGGAAAUAAGCAAUGUUAACUGGGUGAGUCAAUUGGAAGCAAGUGAUCACAUGGAAGGAACUCCAAAAAAUAAACCACCUUGAUGGUGUUACUGUUUUGCUCUCUCACUAUUAAUGUUAAUUUAUUACCUUCACUUGAAUUAACUAUUUGCAAUAAAAUGUGAAAUUUCUACCGCAUGCAACAUACAGAGUACAAUUACAGGUGAGACUCAUGAAGAGCAGAAGGGUUUUCUAAAAAGUCACUUCACAACAUCCUCAUUAUGGCUACUCUUUAAAUAGAUACGUUUCUCCUGAAAUCCCUGUCAAUUUAUGUGGAACAAUUUUACAUCAUGAGCCCUAGACAACAGGAAUUCUGCAGAUGCUGGAAAUUCAAGCAACACACAUCAAAGUUGCUGGUGAACGCAGCAGGCCAGGCAGCAUCUAUAGGAAGAGGUACAGUCGAUGUUUCAGGCAGAGACCCUUCAUCAGGACUAACUGAAGGAAGAGUUAGUAAGAGAUUUGAAAGUGGGAGGGGGAGGGGGAGAUCCAAAAUGAUAGGAGAAGACAGGAGGGGGAGGGAUGGAGCCAAGAGCUGGACAGGUGAUUGGCAAAAGGGAUAUGAGAGGAUCAUGGGACAGGAGGUCCGGAGAGAAGACAAGGGGGGGAGGGGAACCCAGAGGAUGGGCAAGGGGUAUAGUCAGAGGGACAGAGGGAGAAAAAGGAGAGUGAGAGAAAGAAGGUGUGUAUAAAAAUAAAUAACGGAUGGGGUACGAGGGGGAGGUGGGGCAUUAGCGGAAGUUAGAGAAGUCGAUGUUCAUGCCAUCAGGUUGGAGGCUACCCAGACGGAAUAUAAGGUGUUGUUACUCCAACCUGAGUGUGGCUUCAUCUUUACAGUAGAGGAGGCCGUGGAUAGACAUAUCAGAAUGGGAAUGGGAUGUGGAAUUAAAAUGUGUGGCCACUGGGAGAUCCUGCUUUCUCUGGCGGACAGAGCGUAGGUGUUCAGCAAAGCAGUCUCCCAGUCUGCAUCGGGUCUCGCCAAUAUAUAGAAGGCCACAUCGGGAGCACCGGACGCAGUAUAUCACCCCAGCCGACUCACAGGUAAAGUGUCGCCUCACCUGGAAGGACUGUCUGGGGCCCUGAAUGGUGGUAAGGGAGGAAGUGUAAGGGCAUGUGUAGCACUUGUUCCGCUUACACGGAUAAGUGCCAGGAGGGAGAUCAGUGGGGAGGGAUGGGGUGGUUGAAUGGACAAGGGAGUCUCAUAGGGAGCGAUCCCUGCAGAAAGCGGGGGGAGGGAGGGAAAGAUGUGCUUAGUGGUGGGAUCCCGUUGGAGGUGGCAGAAGUUACGGAGAAUAAUAUGUUGGACCCGGAGGCUGGUGGGGUGGUAGGUGAGGACCAGGGGAACCCUAUUCCUAGUGGGGUGGCAGGAGGAUGGAGUGAGAGCAGAUGUGCCUGAAAUGGGGGAGAUGCGUUUGAGAGCAGGUACAUCGACUGUACCUCUUCCUAUAGAUGCUGCCUGGCCUGCUGCGUUCACCAGCAACUUUGAUCAUGAGCCCUAGUUUUAAUUUCCUCCUUCUCGUAAAAACAGUAUUAAUGGAAUGUCGCAUUGAUGUUAGUAGAUCAUGAACUUUCCUAAAAUAUCUUAUUCAGAUGUGUGCAUUAAACAACACUCCGCAACUCAUGUCACACUCUACGAGGGGUGAUUGAUAAGU